UUGUAUAUAUUAGAGACUUUUUAUUCACUUGAUGUAAUCCUUUCCGAAACAGACUAUGGGUCCUCACUUUCUGACAAUCACCUGGGUGCUAUCAGCCUGCAUUGCAUACACAUCGUUUGUAGCAGCGAAUGAAGAAAAGGGACACUUUGAAAAAAAUUUCCCACAAGAUUGUGACAAACUCCCCAAAGACAGCCCGAGUGGUGUGUAUGUGAUCAAACCUGAGUCUUCCCCUCCACUAGUUGUCUACUGCCAUGUGGACACAGAAGGCAAUAGCUGGACGGUGGUGCAGAGAAACACACUUAAAACAGAAAUCACUUGGCACGAAUCGUGGACAACUUAUAAAUACGGCUUUGGAAAUGUACUGAAGGAGUAUUGGUUAGGCAAUGAGUAUAUCCACUUGUUGACUUCUCAGAGAACCUACAUGGUGCGUUUCCUGCUGAAGGACAAAACAGAAACAGAGUGGUAUGCCGACUAUGAUAUAUUUAGCAUAGACACAGAAGCCAAUGGAUAUAUUCUACGUUUAGGAAGGUACUCAGGUACAGCUGCAGACUAUCUUUCAACUUAUGAUUCAAACAAUAUUCAUGAUAACAUGAAGUUCUCCACAAAGGACAAGGAUCAGGACCGAAGUGGCUCACACUGUGCUGGAAGCUAUGGGGGCUGGUGGUAUGACAACUGCCAGCUGGUCCUCUUAAAUGCAAAAGGUUAUAUCAACUGGAAAAACAUCUGCAGUGGCGAUUGCUCUGAAUCCAUUAUUAUGAUCAAACCUACAGGAUAACUAGCACACCAUAGAGACUGGAAGUGCCACCAACGCUCUGAGCUUGGAGGUCUCUUACGGCAUUCCAUCAGGAAGUGUUCUCUACAGUAUGGCUAAAACUUUCAGAAAACAAGAACUGGGUGACUCACAAGGACACCUGUCAAUGCACUGUAAUUAAGACUUGUUUCCAUCACACAACUCCUACAAAUGUGUAAGUGAUCCCUAUUAGUAUGUACAAUAAACUUUACAUUUUUAUUGUCAA